CUAUACAAUUAUAAGUACGAAACUUGUUCUGCUAUAUGUUUAACAAUGAACAAUUUAUAAUUACUUGAAUAUGAUAUUUUAAAAUUUAAUUAAAUCGAGGGAGAAUAAUUCGAAAGGUUUACUAUAUCGGGUGUAUCUAUAUUCAUGUUGGUUUUGCGCAUAUUAUUCGUUUCCCAGUAAAUCAUUCUUGCGCAUAUCAGCUGAUGUCAGCUCUGAUUAAUUCAACAUAUUCGCAUUGCAACUUUUGUGUUUCGAAACAUGUAUAUCCAGUGCUCUUUUAUCUUGCAUUUUUCUUACAUUAGACAUGGUUAAGUGUGUCGUGUGUUCAGAGUUACAAGAAAAUUUGAAAGUUAAAAGUAUGAAGAUUUGGAAUUCAAAAAGCUUAGAAAUAUAUGAAUCUCGUUGGAGAAUUGAUUCCUAUUAUUAAUAUAUUCAGUUCACAAUGUGUAUUGCCGACGAAGUAGAAGUCGCAUGAUAGUAGUCUACUCUUUAACAUUAGUACGAAUAAGUGGUGGGGAGUCUACUGAAGUUAGCAUAAUAUCUCACUAAUAAGUUCAGAUCAGUUCAGAUAUGUGGUGAUCGAGCGAUCUGUCAAAGAUUAUUUAACUAUUCGUCAAAAUUUAAUUAAGAACUGUAUUUUUUGAAUCUACAAUCAUAUUGCAGAAUAUACAUUUUCAUACAUUUGAAAAAUGGCUUUAACAAAUAUUUUACUUCUUAGCCAAAUAUCCGGAUAUGUCGUAGCUCUUAUUUUGUCACUUUGCAUUAUUAUACCUAUGAGUUUACAUCAAGAUGAAUUUAGAGGACAUUGUCUAUUAUUCUCAACAGGAACUUGGCAAGAAUCAGAUGGUCAGUUUGUCGUAAACUGGGCUCCACAGGCUUAUUGCAACUAUACAAUAUUUGUUGGCCUGGUGUUGCUGAUAACAUCGGCAAUACAAAUCUAUCGACUUUCUGUGUUUAUGUAUCGCGGAGAAGAUAGUUCCUUCUUGUCAGCCUUCAUAGAUGUUGUUAGUUCGAUAUUACUUACAACAAUUACAUUAGUUGCUGCAAUCAUUAUUACACUCGGAUUUAUGACUUGGUGUCAAUGUAUGACAAAAAGAUUUCCAUCGUGUGAGUUAGCAGCUGGAAACGAUAUUGAUAAAGCUGAUGGAAUAGAUACAUCUGGUUUUCAUAUUGAAUUAGGAGCAGCCCAAUUUGGAACUUGGACUAGUUUAUCAAUUUGGGUUGGUUUAUCAGUAUUUGCAGUAUUAAAGUUGUUACGAUAUCAUCAAUUAGAGAAUAUGAAAGUUUCCAUGUAUAGAGAAAGGCAAAGAUUGAUAGAAGCUGCCAGAAGUAAUGAAAUCCAAGAAUCGACAUAGAGGCACGAAUGUAAAACAUAAAAUUUAGUUCUGAGA